CUGAAAAUAAAUGAAAAAGGGGAAAGAUUUUAUUUUUCUGGGUAUUUAAGAAAGUAGAGUGAGAAUUCUGGAAAGUAGGUUGUGGUUGGUUGAUCAGGCGAUCGGAGAGACGUGGAGUUGAAGAUAUUUCUCACGGGAAUCGGAAGGUUUAUGUUUAUUAUAUCAGUUGUUGAAUGAGAAUUAUUGGGGUUUGAUCAUCUUUGCUGGGACGGUUUAGAGAAUCGAUGGGGAGAUCGUUCAAGGAUUCACUCAAGUCUCUGGAAGCUGAUAUUCAGCUCGCCAACACUAUGUAACUCCCCUCAACUCUCUGGUUUUUGUAAUCCGUUUGGUAAAAACUGUAAAUAUUAAGCUUAUUGUUUGUUUUGUGGACUAUUGGUGUAUAAUCUGAAGCUUUUUUGAAAUUUAUACCGUAACUUGAAAUAAAUAAACUCAGACAUGCUCUGUUCAGCUGUUUGGUGACAUAUUCUGCUUUCCAAGAGUAACAGGCAUAGUUGUUCUUGUUCUUAGCAAAUUUGUAUGUAUGUUUCUUUUUGUCCUAUAAAUAGUACUCCGUACCUUCUAAAAGAAAAGAUGAAUUGAUACGAGUAUAUAGAAAGUAUAUAGCUAUAAAAAAAAAUAGAUAAAGGAUAAAAUCGAAAACUUGGUAUUCAAUUUUUUUGGACUGAUAAAAAAGAAUUACUCCGUAUAUGUUUAAUAAAGGAUGCACUCAGGCUUGGACAGAAAGCUCUAGAAGGCUUGGACGACCAUUUUAGCUGGAAACGGGGGUGUAGCUAAAGUGCUAAUCUGCUAAAGAAUGGCCAACCGGGCUUGGGUCUACCCCUGUCUGGCAAAAAUAAGAAUUCAGAUGUAAUAUAUACAUAUUUUGUGUAAAAUUUUAUAUGCGUGAUUUUUGAGGUACUGGCAAUGCUACUGGCUGGAAUUGAUAGUACGGUAAUGAUUUGCUGGUUCUUUUGGUCCACUAGAUAGGUGCUGAGAUGCUUUGGUGAAAAGAAGAGGAUUAUGUGUAUGUCCUUGAGUGGAUUGGCUUAUCAUAAAAUCCAGAGUUGUAACAAAAUUGAGCUUCAAUGUAAUAUGAGAUUUUCAUUUCUUGACAAUAUAAAAUAGCAGUAACCAUUAGUAUAGAGCAAGGAUAGACAAACAUUUAUUUUACACAUUCUUUAGCUACAUUCUUAUCUAGUUAUGUGGCAUGAAUGUAUUGUGUAAUGAAAAGUAAACUAACAUUUGGUUACCUAAUCAAUGCUUGCCACGCAAGAAUGUAUCUAGAAACUCUACAAAGAUAUCUUUGUUGUUAGUAUACAGCUUGUUUGGUGCUAUAAAUAUUUAUUGUUAGUAUACAGCGUGUUUGGCGCUAUAAGAACAUAUGUACAUUUAGUAUACAUCUAUCAUGGGAAAAAUAACACUUUCUAGGGUAAAUAGAAACUCGAUCUCGAGGAAGUAAUUUGGUGUUACAUAUUCUACUAUCAGCUUUAUUUGUUUUGCAAAAUAAUUUUCUCAUUUCCUUCUUUGCAUCAGGGCAUUAGGCUAUGGCAGAGAAAUAGAUGGAGCUUGCAUCCAAAUGAGACUGUCAUACAGCCCAGCUGCACAGUUCUGCCUUUUUUUCAUCCAGUGGUUUGAUUGUAAGGUUGCUGGUGCACUUGGCCUGCUUCAAGUUCUUGUGUAUAUGGCGUAUGCUGAUGGCAAAACCUCCAUGUAUAUCAAAGAAAGGAGAGCAAGCAUAAGGGACUUUUAUGAAAUCAUUUUCCCCUCAUUGCAAAUCCUAAGAGGGAUUACUGAUUUUGAAGAAAUCAAGCAGAAAGAAAUAUGUUCCCUCCGGUACUCAAGCAAAGGGAAGCUUUCUGAGGUUGAAUUAGAGAGAGAAGCAGAAUGUGGGAUCUGUUUGGAACCCAAUAGCAAAGUUGUUUUGCCAGAUUGCAGGCAUUCCUUAUGUUUAAGCUGCUACCAGGACUGGCGUAGCAGGUCUCAGUCAUGCCCUUUCUGUAGAAGCAGUCUUAGACGAGUAAGUUCAGGUGACCUUUGGGUAUGUGUGGAGAAAAGUGAAGCUGUUGAAUUACCUCUAAUUCUGAAAGAGGACUGGCAGAGGCUGUAUAGGUACAUCGAGAAGUUACCUGUCAUCAUUCCAGAACCUCAGUUCGCUCCCUAUCGCCCUCACAUUCGAUGAGGGACUGCCCUAUAUCUGUAAAUAGUUUCAUGAUGUAAACCAGUUUUAACAGCCUUCAUUCUCAUGAACAAUGAAUUGUGAUAAGCUGGUGCUUUUAUGCUUCUGGUAUGAGGUGGCUUAGUUAGAAUUCUAGCUGCUGAAGCCUGAAGCUAAGUUAGGCAUUAUUGACCCAUGCCGGGUUGAUAUGCUGCUGUUGAGAUGUUCUGGUUUUUGUGAUCAUUUCACGUACUAUGGUGUUCUGUUUGUUUCAGAACAUAAUUGUAUAUAAAUGAAUUAUAAAUUAGUAGGUUUUCU